AUGGGUCAAGGAAAAAGCCAAUUUACGGAAGAAGAACUUCAAGAUUAUGAGGAUCUUACAUAUUUCACCAAAUCCGAGGUUUUAUAUGCUCAUCAAAAGUUUAAAGAACUGGCACCCGAAAAAGUAGGACAUAACAAGAAUGCAAAGCUUCCAAUGGCUAAAAUUCUACAGUAUCCAGAAUUACGGGUGAACCCAUUUAGAGACAGAAUUUGUAAGGUGUUCAGCUCAAGUAAUGAUGGUGACUGUACUUUUGAAGACUUUCUGGACAUGAUGUCUGUAUUCAGUCAGAAUGCACCUAAAUCUGUGAAAGCAGAACAUGCAUUUAGGAUUUUUGAUUUUGAUGGCGAUGACAUGAUUGGUGUGUCUGAUCUCAGUGAGGUGGUGGAACGGCUGUGUGGAGUAGAACUGAAACUCAGUGAAUCUGAAAUACAGGCAUUGAUCCAGAAUGUACUACAAGAAGCUGACUUAGAUGAUGAUGGAGCUCUUUCAUUUGCUGAGUUUGAGCAUAUUAUAGAUAAAAGUUCAGAUUUCUCCCAUUCCUUCCGGAUCCGGCUGUAA